AUGUUGAACAGGAUCCGUGUGAAGGAAAAGUCUGAUGAGCUGUCUGACGCAGACAGAGCUUUGCUGUCACAAGCUGUCACUCAACCACAACUUUGUCCAACUGAUGUCCUGCACAUUUUUGCUACUAAUAGACAAGUAGAUGCACACAACUCUGCAACUCUGGCUCAGCCUCACUGUCACAUCACUACAAUUGAUGCUGAUGACUAUAAAAAGGACCCACGAUCUGUCAGAAUGACGCAGCAAGACAAACCAGUGAAAGGAGCCAGAAAUGAGUUACCAGACACACUGCAAGUUGCUGAAGGUGCUCGUGUUAUGCUCACCAGAAACCUUGAUGUGUCUCAAGGAUUAGUGAAUGGUUCAUUUGCUACUUUAGUCAGAGUGGUAACCUUUCAACAACAUGUAUCUUCACGUGUCACUAAGCUUGGACUAAAGAUGGAUGAUGAAACAGCUGGAAGGAACAGCAGUAACAGAGAAUCAGGAGUACAUGAUAACCUUGUGUACAUAGAGAGAGCAGAGGAGAAUCUGAAACAGAAAGGAGUGGUUCACAGACAGUUUCCCAUUAAACUGGCCUUUGCAUGUACAAUUCAUAUGGUUCAAGGUAUGACCAGAAUAUCAGCUGUCGUCUCACUGAAGCACAUUUUUGAACCCGGCAUGGCUUAUGUUGCCAUCAGUCGAGUGACCUCUCUCAGUGGACUGCAUCUACUGGACAUGGAUGAGAGUAAAAUCUAUGCCAACACAGAAAUCACUGCAGCACUGGAGAACAUGAGACAAGUCAGUUUGGACGAUAUGAUGCCUCUUCUUCAUAUCACACAAACACUGAGCAGGCCUGACACUCUGGCCAUUGUUCACCACAAUACAGAAGGGUUGCCGUCUCAUGUUAAUGACAUAAAGAGCCAUCAUGAACUGUGUCUGGCAGAUGUGUUGUGUCUCACAGAAACUCACCUACAGGGCUCCUUUGUUGCUGAGAGUCUCCACCUACAAGGUUACAACAUGUUCAAACGCAACAGACACCCGUCCUACACAAAGUUCCCUCAGAUGGCCAGCAGAAGUGAUGGUGGAGUUGCUGUUUAUGUCAAAGACAACAUUCAGGUUCAUGAGAAACAGUAUGUUCAUAAUGUAACUGACCUUGAGUUUGUGGCUUUGAAGGUUGAAGCUCCCAUGAGUGCACUGAUUGCAGCUGUGUACAGACCUCCAGACUACUGUAUGAGAUCAUUCCUGUCUAACCUGAGCAGCCUAUUGGAUUCACUGGAGAUCCUGGAUUGUCAUCCCAUCAUUGUCUGUGGUGACUUUAACGAGAAUCUUUUAACCAGCGCAAGCAAACCGAUACUGGAGCUGUUUCAGUCUAGAGGAUGUGCACAACUCAUCACUGCUGCAACCACAGAGAAGAACACACUGCUGGACCUGAUCUUCAUCUCACAACAACAGAGAUGUCUCCAUUCUGGUGUGAUGAAAACCUAUUACAGCUAUCACGACCCUGUGUACUGUGUACUGUCAGCUGAGUCUGAAAGGUAAAGAAAAAUGCAAAUGAUUUGAAUCUAAAAUCCACAUUUUCAGUGCAGAGAUCUGAGAAAGUAGUUUAUGAGAACUUUGUGUGAAAUUGUGAGAAAAGUAGAGCACAACAGUGAGUUCUAAAAAGCAUACUACAGUGGAGUAUAGACUAAGUGAUAAUGAUGAAAGAGAGUUAAAUGUUCUAAUAACAGUUUGGUUUGAGAAGACAGUCAUAGCAGUUUAAUAUGAUCUAAAUUCGGGGGUCCUCUAUACAGCCGGACCACAGGCUGUUCCAGCCUCACUGAGGCUGUGAAGGAGGGAGGGAGGACCAGAGGACUCCUAUAAAAUAACAAACUGCAAGGUUUCUUUGUGAGGAAUAACACAAUGUUUGACAAAGUGCUUAUCAUUUUUAUCCCUCAACCAUAACACUGUCUUUGUAUGUCACCUGGUAAAAUACUGUCACAGUGAUGUAUUCUGUUCAGGUUCCUCCAAUGAGUAAGGUAAGGUAAAUACAGUGAGGGUCAUGUUGUAGUUUUUAGGUAACAUUGUUGUUGAACUAAUUUAACUGUCCAAAACUAACUAAUGUAACUGUUAGGAAACCUAAUUUUACUGUUUAACUGGUAAUCAGGACUGUUAAGAGUAUUGGAUAAUGUUAUAGGUCAUAUAAUCUUUCAGGUAACUAUAUGUCAGUGAGUUAUGCUUCCCUUGUGUUUUGGCCUGUGUAUUUAUCAGGGUGGGUUUUGGGUCUGGGUUGGUAAAUACACAGGCCAAAACUUUCAGUAGCUGUAUAGAACUGCUGUAAAGCAGAGCAGUUGUACAACCAUACAACUGCUUAAAAACACAGCAGUUCUAUACAGCUACUGAAACAUGUACAUGUAUAUAUACAGCAUUACAGUGUAUAUAUACACGUACAUCUUUCUGUGUACAAAGCUGUACUGCUACAGUGCAGUGCUGGACCACACAGAGACAUGUUCUACUUCCUGCCAGUCCCAGUCAUUCUUCAAAGCAGACGAUGAGAUAACUCCUGCCAACCUUUGCCUCACCUUCUCUGUGACUCUCGGACACUGGAUCAGCUGACUACAGCAAAGACAUCAUCCUGCCACAGACCAGUCAUCAUAGCACCAUCCUGACUGUUGAUCAACAGCAGAGUCAUCAGUGCUGGACCACACAGAGACCCUGUUCCUCCUCAGUGCUCAGGCUUCUUCACAACAGAGCAGAAGGUAUGGUUGGUUUUUGUCAUAUAACAGGACUUUUUGAUGUUUGUUCAUUCAUCUGUUCAUAUUACAGUAAUACUGUUGCUCUUGACUUUUAUGUUACAGUUAGGAGUUUAAUAAAGUUAUGUACAUGAACUUCUUCCUUCACUGUGAUUCUCCACUUCACAGUAGAGACCACUGCACAGCUCCACAAGCUAGUGAACUAUGUGAGAUGGCACUGUGUGCUUCCUCUCUGCAACAUCAAGCUCCUCCUCCAACACGUGUUAAAGGUAGCAGUUUUAUUCUCCUACUCCUGCCAUACCAAAUCUCCUGAUGAUCAAAACAACAGAAACACUGUUGGUGCACACAGUUUGCAUUUACAACUAAAGAAAUGUCAGAGAUAAAGUUUCCCACUGUUUUUCUCUUUAAGGUCUCUGCACCUCUGUGUCCUCCAUUUUCAUUGACACUGACCAGAUGACUGAAAGCAGAAGCUCUACAGCCACUGGAAAGGUCAAAGAAUGAUUGAGCUCUGUGCCUCCUGUAACACCUUCAUAGAAUGAGUGACAGAGAGAUGCCUACACAGAUGAUGACUGAUGGUAACAUACGUUGUUCAGCCCUGCCUUACAAAAGUCAAGUUCAAACACUACAGAUGACUACUUGACUCCAUAUUCUGUUGCAGCCAUUUUUGUGGCAUAUCUUAUUAUUUAGAGAUUUCAAGUUACUUAAUAAAAAAGGUCAUGCAUGAGA